AUGACCCUCAAAGUCUGGGCAAGAUGGCGCCCUCUCAAAUCCACAGAAUCCCCAAACGAAGAAAUCACACGCGAAUCCAACUCCAACCAAAGCCAGCAUCAGAUCUCAAUCACCGCCCAAACCCAACUACCAGCCCGUGAGAAGUCCUGGAAAAGCAGACACACAUUCAACGGAAUCAUCGAACCAAACGAAACCAACGACAUUGUAUACAAUGGCCUAGUAGCACCAAUCAUUCCCGACGUGCUACGCGGCCAAUGCAGCAAUUUCUUCGCAUACGGCCAUUCAGGAAGUGGGAAAACACAUACAAUGAUUGGAUACGAUUUCGAAAAUGAUGCCGAAUACGGUCUUUGUCUAGCAGCGGCACGUCAGCUGGUUACUGCAUUGACUGAAAUCACGGAUAUUCAAUUCGGCAUUGGUCUGCGGAUGUACGAAAUGCGUAAAAAUAGCGCAUUUGAUCUUUUGAAUGGUAGGACUGAAUGUUUUGUCCGUGAAGGCUCUGAUGGUCGUGUUCAUAUCCGAGGCGAGACGGAGAUCCUGGAGAAUGGGAAAGUCAGAGUUCGGCCAAUUGCUACGAAAGCUUGUUGGAGUUUUGAAAAUCUAUUGAGCGAGCUAAGGGGAGGUCUGAAACAUCGACAGACUGCGAGGUCGACGGUCCAUGAUCAAAGUUCGCGCACGCAUGCGAUUAUUGAAAUGGAGAUUGUUACUGCCGAUCUUCUCUGUGCCCGUGAUUGUGUGGUUGAGAGGCAGUCUGAGUUGGUUCCUGUUGGAAAAUAUGCUACGGAUGUUUAUAUUGAGGAACAGCUGAGGGCUGUGAAGAUGGAAGAUGGGAAAUAUGUUCCUAAUCCGGAUUAUGUGGUGGAUCAAGAGCGUGUGGAUGCUGCGGAGGCUAAAAAGGCUGGGGUUGAGCUUCGUGUGGAAGAGGCAGAGAAGUUUGAAGCUAAAGUCUUUGCUGAGAUUGCUCAAAUUCAUUCUUGUGUUGGUGGAAGACUUGUUUUUGUGGAUUUGGCUGGGGCUGAAUUCCUUGGGAUGGCUGCAGGGCUCAAGCAAUCACCCCAGGAGAAACAGCAGGGGAAGCAAAUCAAUACGGAUCUUCUUGCGUUGAAAGAAGUUAUCCGGGCCCGAUCUCUUGGUCAAACGCGGAUUCCAUAUAGAUCUUCUCCAUUGACUAUGGUGUUGCGUCAGCAUUUUGAAGCAUCCACUGAUUCUCAGUCGUCAAUCAUCGUGACUGUUUCGCCGGCAGCAGAUCAGUAUGCAGCUACAAUGAACACAUUGAAGUAUGCAGACCUGGUUGGCUCUACAAACCGACAGAAAUAA